GUCUGGAGAUGGGCGUGGAGCUGUCACAAAACAGGGACGACUCAUCAGAGGGAAACUCCAGGUCCUCGAAGAGAACACACUCUCUAAUUUUCCCUGCCUUCAUGGCCCCAACCUGCUGUAUGGGACCCAGAAAACCUUCAGGCGCUGUGAUGUGUUGACAGAGGAAGUCGGUGGCGUGAGAGGGGAGGCUGACAGAUGAGGGAGGCAGACGGACAAUUAAAUGAGCAGAUGCCCACGCCUGAAUUCUGCAAUCAAGAUUCGGGCAUCAUCCAAUGGGAGUGAAGCUGCCUUUGAGUUCCAACGCGAUGUCACCCGUCGGGAGGAAUUCCUGCGCCUGACUCGUUUCGGUUACUCCUCGAUCCUGACGCAGUGGACGAUGGGAGAUGCGGCGCACGACGGCGGCGUUAAGCGGACCUUCAUCGUCCCAACCAUAAGGAGCUUUGAGCACUAUGACUUUACCAGGGCGAAGAUCUCAUCCAGCCUGACUUGGCUGGUGGCCAAGGCGUUUGGCUCGGAUGAAGUGCCAGAUGAUCUGGUGGAACCUUUCUACAGGGACCAAUACAACCAGGAGCACCUUAAGCCACCAGUGGCCAGCCUGCUCCAGUCUGCAGAGCUCUACUGCCGAGCGGGAAGCUUGAUUCUGCGAAGCGAUGCCGUCAAACCUUUGCUGGGUCACAACGCCGUCAUCCAGGCGCUGGCCCAGAAAGGUUUAUAUGUCACCGAUCAGGACAGACUCGUCACAGAGAGAGAUCUGACCAGCACGCCUAUACUCAUGACAUCCCACUUGGCACUGAUUGACACAUUGAUGAUGGCGUACACGGUGGAGAUGAUGAGCGUGGAGCGGGUGAUGUCCUGCAUCAACAGACAUUACGCUGCUGGGCCCUCGCACAUCGACACGCAGGUCCACGAGCAGCCUUAUGACACCGAGGAUGCCAUCACCACCUGGCUCAACAAGGUGAACGAACACCUGAGGGACAUUCUUGUUGAAGAGCAGAAGCUGAAAGAAGUUUCCCACCAAGACUCAAACAUUACGCCCAAGUCUCCCAACAAAUGGUACUGGAGACUUGUACCUGCUCGCUACAGGAGGGCGCAUAUUCAGCAGAACAGCGCACCUUUGCUCCCCCUGGUGGACAACCUGCUGAAAGACAACACAGAUGGCUGCGCCCUGGCGGCUUUGCUCCAUUUCUACUGCCCACAGGCUAUUCGCUUAGAAGAUAUCUGCCUGAAGGAGAUCAUGUCACUGGCUGACAGUCUGUACAAUCUCCAGCUGGUGCAAGACUUUUGCAGGACUAACCUGAACCACUGUUGCCACUUCAGCCUGGAGGACAUGCUGUAUGCGCAUGCAUCCAUUAAGAGUAACUACCUGGUGUUUCUGGCUGAGCUUUUCUGGUGGUUCGAAGUGGUCAAGCCCUCGUUUGUACGGCCCAGAGUCUUUAACCCGAAUGCCUGUGACCCUGUAACAUCCCGUAGAAAUAUGGCUCCUGUGUCCAAGCAGAACAAUGUCGACAGGCCUGAUAGCCCAGAUGACGUCUCUGAUGAAGGUCUAAUGAAGAGAUCUACCUCUAUGUCCUUUGUGGAUGGUUGUGUUGGGACUUGGCCACAGGAGAGACGCUCUUCCACACGUGGAAUCUCCUUUGAAAUUCCUCUGGAUGGCGACGCCACAGUGCCGCUCUGUGAGGCGCCCUCCCUCCGCGGCAUGACCCGCUCUGCCAGCAGCGACGGCAUCGGGUUUAAAGUUCACCAUGCAUCACCUCGAGGUGGCAUGAAGCGUCACGUGUCCCUCGCGCCUGUCAACGUGAACGGACAAAGUAGACACAUCGCAGAAGAUGAGGAAGACUUCAGCCCCCGCAAGCCACUGGGGAGGAACAACACCUUCUCCAUCAAGAACCAAAGCAGGCAUCCCAAUGGAGUCCUCCCCGCCGACACCAAUCACCAUGGUAACCACAAAGGCCACAUCAGUCCCUCGACCCCGCCGAGCAUCGAGGAGGCGCUAAAGAUUAUCCACGACACAGAAAGGCCCCACGCCAGCCUGGGCAUGGGAGACAGGGACAAUGGCUUCUUUCUCCACGAUGCUCGACCUUCGGGACCUCCGGGGGCUGAGGGUCAAGGAGAUGACCCGGGUGCAGCGAAGGCCCGCUUCAAUGACCAUGACCCUAAUUCGCUCUCAACAGACGACACAGGCAUCCACGUGAGGACGGAGGAAAUCCAAAGCCUGGAUGAGGACUCAUCUCUGAGAGACUAUUCAGAUAUAGACCCAGACUGCGAGACCAUGUCACGCUCGUGCCCCGAGAGGGAGAGGAACUGGGAAGGCCGGCGCAAAGGGGUUGGUGAGUCCAACCCCGGAUCCAGCUGCGGCAGAGGCGAUGGAGAAGACAGAAGCUCAGCGCCCACGCUGCCCAGAUCUCACACUGUGAGCCCCGCCUCCUCCUGCGGUGGCUCCGGAGGCGGCGUGGUGCGCAUGACCAGCUUUGCCGAGCAGAAGUUCAGGAAAUUGGAGGGGAGGAGCAGUGGAGGAACCACACCAGAGAGUGCCGAUGUUAGCACGCCAGUGAAGAACAGCUACUCACAGAUCGGUACACCUCCUUUGCCAAUCACAUCACCCUCUCCGGUCACUCCUUCUCCCCGAGACCCCUCCCACCUGAUAGCCUCAGAGAUGAUCCAGCUGAGGAUGAAGCUGGAGGAGAAGCGCAGGGCCAUUGAAGCCCAGAAGAAGAAAGUGGAGGAAGCCUUCACGCGGCAUCGUCAGAAGAUGGCCAGAACAGCUUUUCUGAACGUAGUGCGAAGAAAAGGAGUCACGAGCCCGCUCAGCCCCAAUUCAGGCGGAGCUCAAACGCCUUCGACAAAGACGCUAACCAGCCACGGCAGCAUGGAGAGAGCGGAGCGAUGCAAGCCCGAUGGUGCGGCUCCCAAAUCUCCCUGUGAAGAUGGAGAUUUAACCCCAGGGGAAUCGGACCUCGCAGAGUAUACUCGCUCCAUCGAGAGGCUCAACACGUCACUGGGCUUCCUGCAGACGGAGAUGCAGCGGCUGGCGCAGCAGCAGGAGAGGAUCAUGUCCAUGAAAGAACAACAGCAAAAAGCCUGGGUCAUUCCUCCCCCUGCGCCAUCGCCACACAGGCAGCUCCGUGAGUUGCGCAGCAGCAGUGUCGCAGGCCGAGCAUCAACCAGAGGUUCGGUGGGUUCCUUAUCCCCCGUUUUGUCCUCGUCCUGUUCUGCCAAUCCCGUGAGCCGUCCCUCCACCGGCCUUAAGCGACGGCCCGCCUCCUUCCACGCCAGGACGCCUCGGACGCCGCGGCCGAACGAUCUGAAGAUCACGCCCAUCAACCGAAUGCUCAACACACCCACCUCGGUGGACAGCUUACCGAGACUGAGGCGCUUCACGUCCAGCCAAACGCACACCUGCUCCUUUGCGUACCUGAGUUCCGAUGCGGAAGCCAGGGAAAGCAAGAGCAGGGAGAGCAAGGAGAGCAACGAAGACACUAAGGGCAAAGAGGUGGUGGAGAAGAAUCGUGCAGGCACUCCUCAGCCUCCUGCAGCCAAAGAGAAAGAAGAGGAAUCCAUCGAGCCAGCGGAUAGUCGGCGGAGGAAUGAAAAGCCAAGGACUUCAGAGGUCUUGUGUCAACCCGUGUCUGAGACGCAGGGCAACAAGCACCCUCAGGAAAAAAGAGAACUUGUGGAGGUGACACUGUCUGGAGUCUGGCCUCAAGAGAGCCAAGCUCAGGACACGACUGGAGAAAGUGACCAGAAGAUGUGCUGUGGGUUCUUCUUCAAGGAUGAUGCAAAAGGUGAAGAGGACAUGGCGGCCAAGAAAGCAGCUCUGCUGGAGAAGAGGCUGCGGAGGGAAAAGGAGGCCCAGGAGAAGAAGCAGCAGCAGGAGCUGGACCAGGAGCAGAAGAAGGAAGCCGCACGGUUGAAAGCAGAGGAAGAGCAACAGAAGACGGCCGAUGAGAAGGAGAGGAAAGAAUACAUCAAGAAGGAGUUUCUGAGGAGAAAGCAGGUCAAGCUAAUGCAGGAAAUGGAUCAGGUGGUCAAGCCCCGAUGUGGAAGUUUCAAGAAGAAGCCUCGCCCAAAAUCCAUCCACAGGGAUGUCAUGGAUUCCUCCACUCCGCCUGUGAGAGCAGCAGGGGUGCGUCCUCGAGGCUACUCGGUGUCCAGCGUUUCUUUGGCCUCGCUUAAUCUGACUGACAAUGAGAGCAACCAUCAAGAUAACAAGAAGCACUACAGAGGCAAUAAAGUAGCUCCUUCUCACGUUGCAUUCUUUCUAAACUCCCCCAAAGAAAGAAAGGGAAGGCCAGACUCUGCUGGGGGCUUCUCCUCGUGCCCCUCUGCUGGUAGUCGUAACGGAGAGAAGGAUUGGGAAAAUGAGUCAACCACUUCCUCCACUCCAUCCAACACUGAGUACACAGGACCCAAACUAUACAAGGAACCCAGCGCUAAAUCCAACAAGCAUAUCAUCCAGAAUGCCCUGGCCCACUGCUGCCUGGCUGGAAAGGUCAACGAAGGGCAGAAGAACAAGAUCAUCGAUGAAAUUGAGAAAUCCGAAGCCAAUAACUUCUUGGUGUUGUUCCGCGACACCGGUUGCCAGUUUCGCUCGGUGUACGCCUAUUGCCCCGAGACGGAGGAGAUCACGCGGCUGACCGGCAUCGGGCCGAAGAUCAUCAGCGCCAAGAUGAUCGAGCAUCUUUACAAGUACAACUCUGACAGGAAGCAGUUCAGCCAGAUCCCGGCCAAAACGAUGUCAGCCAGCGUGGAUGCCAUCACCAUUGCCAGUCAUCUGUGGCAUAACAAGAAGCAGGGCACCCCCAAAAAGAUGCACUUGAAGUAGCAACUUUCUCUGGAAUAUGAAAAACCAUUUGAAGAUUUAUUCCAUAUCCUUUGGUAUCCAAAUUAAGGUCCAUGUCUUAUAAUGCACAGGAUUCAGUGCACUAGUAGAGGAAUGUCUUCCAUUAUUUUUGCAGAUUUCAGCAGGAGACUCACUCACUGUUUUUGUGCUCAGACCAAACCCAUGUCUCGUGUAAAAGUAUUGCUUUGACGCAAUCUUGUGCCAUGUUAGGGCCAAGGAACUAUGUUGGUGAGGGGAGGAGUUUCACUGAGUCAGGCCUUAGCUUUGUCUGGUUGUUAAAAGUGCUUUGCUGCCAUCUUAUGGCCACUAUAUGCAAUUACAAACCUUUUCGGCUUGCCGUCAACUACCUGCAGAUUCUGCCUUUCACGAUAACAUUUUUGCACACUAGUUUGGAUUGCUAGUAGUUCAACUGCACUAGUUGACAUCUGUAUGUUACUAGUAGUGCUAGUGAAGCUCAAGACCUAUUAGAAUUUCAUUAGUAGUACCAGCAUUUGCCUUUUGUUUACCAGUGAAGACAAAACACCUAGUGGACAUGGACCUUAAAAUGGAUUUCAAGGAUAUGUAUUAAAUGCUCAAACCGAUUUCCACACUGGAAACACUUUUGAUUCUAAGAUCAAGAACUGGAAAGUAGAAGAUAAAUAAAUUUCCCAGACAUCAUACAAGACUUAAACGGACACCAUGUUUCCUCACGUGCCAAAACAGAUCAAAAAUAGGCAAGCGACGCCUGGUUGGAACUCCAAAGUGAAUGUCCCGCCUCAAUGAGGCAGAGCGGUUUCUGUGCGGCCUUAUGUUCGUUUUGUGUUUGUUGUGAUUGUGUCGUUUUUGUCAGCGCCAUGCAAAGGGCCCGCCCGUCUGAUCGGGGAUCAGAUAGAGGCGGCCUGUACAAUUCUUGCUACACAGGUAUGUUUUUAUGUGUGUAUUUUUAAGUGCCAAGAAGAGUGUUUGCCAUUCCCAGUGAUCAUAUCGCCAACAACCCUUUGUGGAAUGCACCAGUAAAAUACUCUUUUAUUUAUUUCAGUUUUAUAAUGCGUCCAACAUAUUUUCAAGGCAGUUUUAUUCAGAGCAACGUAAAUGUCUUGAAUUGAUUUGUAUAUAAUGGCAAGUGAACUAGCAAGCAGCCUUUGAGUAGCUUUUCUAAUUUAACAGAUAUAUACAUCAUUCCCACGUGUUCAAUCGGGGCCUUUUAUGAUAUUGCAAGUUUUUUCACAGUUAUUUGCUUUUAUUGUAACAUCCACAAAGUGUGACCAUCAUCACUAUCACUGCAAUGGCAUCAUGUGAUCAGUGUUGUCUUGACUAAGAUCCUGACUGUCCACAAUUGUAAAUAUGACUUUUAUGAUUUUAUGUUCAGGUAUGUAUCAGCACUGUACAUAUGUAUUUUGGCAUACAGUAAAGUAUUUUUUGUAACAUUUAACAGUUGGAUACUGAUGAAACGGUGUGUUUAAAGAAGGUUAACCAUGUGCUGUAAAAUGAAACGCGAGGAGGCAAUGAAUGAAGAUUUUACAGAGACUGAAAAAAUGAUGACAUUUCAUCUAUCCUAGUUUUUCCAACCUGUAAUUUUCAUUUUAUUGAAUAUGUUCAACAGACCUUGUACAUUUGUUGUGUUAUUCAACUAGUCUUAAAGCUUUAUUAAAAUGCAGCAACUUUUGAGA